GUCUGUGGGGGACAAGACUCAUGGAAGAGAGCAACACAAGCAGAGAGCAGUACUUGAAAAGUAUUUUACGGGAGCUGAUCACAUACAUGCUUUUCCUCGUGGUCCUGUGUGUCUUGACUUAUGGGACAGUGAGUUCCAGUAUGUACUAUUAUACAAGGGUUAUGUCACAGCUCUUCCUGGAAACACCUGUGUCAAAAACGGAGAAAACUGAUUUCAAAACUUUGUCCACAAUGGAUGACUUCUGGAAGUUCACAGAAGGCCCUUUGCUGGAUGGUCUUUACUGGGAAAUGUGGUACAACAACAAAACCAUGGCAGAAAACAAAAGCUUUAUUUAUUAUGAGAACCUGCUCCUAGGAGUGCCUCGCAUUCGGCAGCUGAAAGUCAGAAAUGGUUCCUGCUCCAUACCUGAAGAUUUAAAGGAGGAAAUCAAAGACUGCUAUGAUGUCUAUUCUGUAGCUAAUGAAGAUACUGCUCCUUUUGGGCUCCGGAAUGGAACUGCCUGGACAUACACCAAUGAGAAGGAUUUGAAUGGCAGCAGCCACUGGGGCUUGAUUGCCACAUACAGCGGGGCUGGUUAUUACCAAGACCUCUCGAGGACCAGAGAAGUGACAGCUCUGCAGAUUGCAAGCCUGAAGGAGAACCUGUGGCUGGACAGAGGAACCAGAGCAGCCUUCAUUGAUUUCUCUGUGUACAAUGCCAACAUCAACCUGUUCUGCGUGAUCAGGUUGCUAAUAGAGUUUCCAGCCACUGGAGGCCUGGUUACAUCUUGGCACUUUCAGCCUGUGAAGCUGAUUCAUUACAUCUCCACUUUUGAUUUUUUCCUGGCAGCCUGUGAAAUGUCCUUCUGUCUUUUUGUUCUGUAUUAUAUGGUGGAAGAGGUCUUAGAAAUUCGCAUUCAUGGAUUGCGCUACUUCAGAAGUGUUUGGAAUUGCCUUGAUAUCCUUAUCAUUGUGCUGUCUGUGGUAGCUAUAGGAAUUAACAUCUAUAGGACAUCAGCGGUUGAUAUGCUCCUGAAGAAGCUGCUGGAAGAUCAGAACUCAUUCCCCAAUUUCGAACCCUUAGCAUAUUGGCAAAUGCAGUUUAACAACAUUGCUGCAGUCACUGUGUUUUUUGUCUGGAUUAAGCUUUUCAAAUUUGUUAACUUCAACAGAACGAUGAGUCAGUUAUCCACCACAAUGUCUCGCUGUGUCAAGGAUGUAAUUGGCUUUGCCAUUAUGUUUUUUAUUAUUUUCUUAGCAUAUGCUCAGUUGGCCUAUCUUGUCUUUGGCACUCAAAUUGAUGACUUCAGCACUUUCCAAGAUUGCAUAUUUACUCAGUUCCGCAUCAUUUUGGGAGACUUCAACUUCACAGAGGUUGAAGAAGCUAAUCGAAUUUUGGGACCUGUUUAUUUCACUACAUUUGUGUUCUUUAUGUUCUUCAUUCUUUUGAACAUGUUUUUGGCCAUUAUCAAUGAUACCUACUCUGAAGUCAAAUCAGAUAUGGCACAGCAGAAGGCAGAAAUGGAAUUGUCUGAUCUUAUCAGGAAGGGCUACAAUAAAGCCAUGAUCAAACUUAAAUUGAAGAAAACUACUGUUGAUGACAUUUCAGAAAGUCUGAGACAAGGUGGAGGAAAACUCAAUUUUGAUGAACUCCGGCAGGAUCUCAAAGGGAAGGGGCACACGGAUGCAGAGAUUGAAGCAAUAUUUACCAAAUAUGAUCAGGAUGGGGACCAGGAAUUGACAGAGCAUGAACAUCAGCAGAUGAGAGAUGACCUGGAGAAAGAGAGGGAGGAUCUGGACCUGGAUAGGAGCUCUCUACCACGUCCUCUGAGCAGCCGCAGCUUCCCCCGGAGCUUGGAUGACUCUGAGGAGGAUGAGGAUGAAGACAGUGGACACAGCUCCAGGAGGAGGGGCAGCAGCUCCAGUGGGGUUUCCUAUGAAGAGUUCCAAGUGCUCAUGAGGCGGGUGGAUCGCAUGGAGCAUUCCAUUGGCAGUAUCGUCUCCAAGAUCGAUGCUGUUAUCGUGAAGCUGGAAGCCAUGGAGAGGGCCAAGCUGAAAAGAAGAGAUGUGUUGGGAAGGCUGUUAGAUGGAGUGACAGAGGAUGAGAGACUGGGCCGGAGCAGUGAAAUCCACAGGGAGCAGAUGGAGCAGCUGGUGCGAGAGGAGCUGGAGCGCUGGGAGUCGGACGACAUGGGCUCUCAAAUGAGCCACCGGCUGGGAACGCCGCUGGGACCGAGCGGCCAGCCGCGCUCCCGGAGCUCGCGGCCAUCCUCCUCCCAGUCAGAUGGCGUUGAUGUAGGAGCAGGAAAUGGGGGCAGCAACAUCUAUGUGUAGCUUCAGCUUUGUAGGAGAUCCCACAUGUUUCAGGUCAGUAUUCAGUCAGCGAAUUCCCCAGCACGAGGGGACCGUUCUGAUCAGACCCCUGAGGAAGUCUUUCACUGGUGGGUAGAAGUAAAUAUUCACUCCAUAAAUCAUUUUCAGGCCUGCAUAAGCCAUGUGUAAUGCCAGCAGUGAGAGUGUCACCCUUGGAAACAAAAAUGCUGGAAACUGAAUGGAUAGCAAGUGGGAAAACAUCUACCAGGACAGAAAUCUGAUUCCAUAAAAAUAUUAUUGGGAACAUUUGCAUGAGAGCAGCAAGCUUCAGACAAAAUAAUGUGCAGUGGCUGACAUACUGAGAGGCUAUUAAUUUUCUGCUUCCUCUUGGAAAGUAAAAUUUUUAAAGACUUUCAAAAGCAAAUUUUAAAAUAAUAUGCCAUCAGUUUUUCUUAUUCAUUAUAACAACUGACAGAUAAACCAGCACUUUUUUAAAAAUAGGAGUUUCUACUUGUUUUUCUGAGUUAUUCUUGGUAUACUUAGUAUUUUACUUAAUUUAAAAUAUUUUUCCUGUUUUGAGAGGUACAUUUCUUUAAGCAGAAGAAAGUGCACUUAGUUUGUACAAUUGUAAAUUACAUCAUUCUGUGGUAGAAACUGAAUGCAUUACAAGUAGCAUUUAGCAAGAAGUACUCUUCACACCCAACUAAAAUAAUAAUUUUCAGCUAAGUUGCAAAGUGCCCAUUUUUUAAUGCUAUCUUUUAAUGUGUUUCUGGGAUAAACAUUCCAGAGGUUCUUAGAUAACUACAGCUACUUUGCAGAAAAUACAUUAUUUAAAAGCACACAAAAUUGAAAACCACUGAGUUUUCCUUGGGUGUGACAGGGAAAGGGGCAGAGAAGUUUCUGACAGGUGUGAAAAUCUGAUCUUGUGCCAUGUGAAGUUCUAAUCACAUCUCAACGAUGUGGUCUGUAUUUACAUUUAACUAAACUGCUUGUGAAGUGGUUAGCUACAUUUCUACAUAGACUUUUCUGCCGAGGUGCAACACAGGAUUCCUUUGGGAAGGUGUUUGUAUUACAAUCACUGAUUUUUAGUAUUUUUAGUAUUCCCUCUGCUUUGUGUCAUAGAAGCUUUAUUUUUGAAAGGACAUGCAAUGUUGCAAUUCUGUUGGUUUCCUGUAGAGACCACCGAGGCAGCGUCUGCAGUUUUGCCUAGGAAUGUGUCUCCAAGUGUGGAAUGCUGGUUUAGGAGGAAGGCUGUCAGUGGUGCUUUUUUCCUGAAGAUGGCAGUACUCUGGUGUUUAAAGACUGAGAGCUGGUGAAAAAGAUAAUGGGAAGCCACAUAAUCAGCCACAUCUUAGCUAUUAGUAGCAUAUGCAGAGGCGAAAAGGCCAGUUUAACAAAGUGUAAGUGACAUGUGUUAUGUUGGUGCCUUCUGUUUCAACAAGCAGUUAGUGUCUCUUCAUUCUUGUGGGAGUGCUGCCCAGGCAAAGCUUCUAUGUUCCAUACCUUCUUGCAAUGGCAUUGCCUGGAUGUGUGGAAUGCCUUUCCUCUAACCAGGAAACUUGCUAAAACUAAACAGAAUUCACACCUUUCCAUUUUUGAUUUUAUGACAAACCAUAUGCACAGAAAUCUAAUUAAUGUUAGCUGGAGGAAGACUAAAUUCAGUACUGGAAUUUCUUAGCAGCUGUGUCUUGGGAACAGAAUUAUGUAGGAGAGCAGGUUGUGGUUCUUGUGUGGGUUAUUUGGUCCUGUAUUGGGAAGAAAUUCAUACCCUUUCACAAGAGUCCUCAUGAACCUGCAAAAACAGUGCACAGCACAGUGGGGGUAGGCCAUUUGUGCAGGGUGAGGGCAUUCAGAUUAAGCUCUCACUUGCCUUGAUUGAAGGGUUUUACACCUCAGAAACCUUUCUGAGGGAAGCUUUUCAGUGUUGAACUGCAUUUUUGACUGUAAACAGACCAAAGAGAAACACCAGCUGUCCUCAUGGCCAUCAGGUGUGCAAGGAAAAUAGAAAAUACUAUACCAAAGCAAUUUAAAUAUACAGAGCCUUGUCUUUAUAUGCAUAUCCAAAAUAUGUGUUUCAAAAUGUAAAUUCAGUCACUCAGUUCACCUUUCAUUUGUACUAUAUGUUUAUUAUGAAAAUGUUUGCAUUAAUAGCU